UAGCGAAAGGUGACUUAGUUUCCUAGCGAAUGCCGAGCUACCAAGUCGUGCAUGCUCACGUGCUGCUCGCAAACUGCGCUAACGGUAUAGUGUUUUAUGUUUGUACAAGUGCUUUGCCCGGUGGUUUUCCGAAUUCACCUGAGAGCACAUGGGCUUCGAAUUUAUAGCGAAUGAAAAAGGUUUCCACUCACGUCAUACCAGCGCCGAAGACGACGACGACGGGAUCGGGCAUCAUAGGGAAACCCCACUGAAUUGCUAGUAAUGCCGUGUGCUACGUGUGCAACUCACGAAGGAAUUUGAUUGUUUCCUGCUCGAAAAUAAGUGUUGCAACUGUUGCUGUACGAAAAGUGAAUUGUGGCAAAAGUGGAAUGCAGUUUGGUUGGAUGCAAUUCGACUGGAAAUAGUAAUAGUGAAUCAAUACCUUCUCCAUCGCGCUCGCGCAAGUGCCCCAGCCAAAAAUCAAAAACCUUGCACUGUUGCUCCUAUAGAUGCAGCAAGAUUCAUGUAAUCAACGGUGGUGAAUAAAAGAAGAGAAAAAAUAAUAAUUGCCACGUUAAAUAAUUUUCCAAGCACACCAAGCGAAACGAAUAAGCUAGAAAAAAAAGUGUGCUGUUUUUAUUAUUUUGUGUGAAGUCUGUAACGCGGCAACUUACGGCGAGUAAAAGUUUGUGGUUUUCAACUAUUCGGUCAUCUUUGCCAGGGUGUCCAAUUUUUGGCCAGCGGGUGAAAAUGUGCCUUCGAAGCGUGUCGAAUCGAAACCAGCUGAUAUUGGCCAAUUGUUGUUGCAGCGUCGGCGGUGGUGCCGCGGAAUAAUAGCGUCUAAUUCCAAUCAAUCUCUCGCGGUGGUCAUCUCGAACAAGUACCGCGAGGGAAAAACCACUCAACCGCUAGGCAAGGCUGAUACGAGCGGACGAUUGAUUAGAAGAGAUUGCUGCUACCGCACCAAGAAGAGGAAGCAACGGUCCACAACAAUCUGUUCAAACAUUUAUACAACUAAGACGAGAGAUCGACGUAAGCACGUAGGUCGGAAGAAAAAUCGAGGCUGAUUCACUGCAGCUCGGAAGAGAAAACUGAUCCGCAGAUCGGAAAAAGCUAUUUCCUAGGCGGAGAAGGGGGUCCCAGCAGCGCAACGAUGGAUAGCGUUAUGAGCGACUUGCUGCUCAAUCCGGAGGAGUGGCCCUCCAAUCCGGACGACUUUAUGGACCUGUUCCAGUUGGACACGAACUUGCUGUUCAGCGAUGGUUCUGCCGGUGCUGCCGUCGGCGGAACGGACGACAUCACGUCCAGUUUGAUCAAUAACCUGCAAAAUGGUUUCAACUACGGGGAUUUGUGCGGACCGUUGAACGACGGAGGUGUUGGCGUGCUGGAGCAUCAUGCCAUGUCGCCGUCGUCGUCGCUCGGAUCCGACCGGGAGUUCCAUGGGUUCCCCAGCAGCAGCAACGGUUCGAUGGACGGCAGCGGAUACGAGGAUGAUUUCAUCAGCGGAACGCCGCCCCGUAUGGUGACCGGUUCGCUGGGUGUCAAGAUCGAAGUGGACGAAGCCAUGAACGAGUUUAAUGUCUUCGAACGGACCGCGGAGCAUCAGGCACUCUCAUCGGCGGCUUCGGACAGUGGUCUGUCGAGCGAUCAUUUGGAUUUCGAUCCCACCGCAGACUACGAAGCCCUGAGCCCGGCCAUCUCGUCUCCCGGACCAUCGGUCAGUGAACGUGGUGGUCUAAACUCACCUCCACGCUAUGUUAAACCGAUCCAGCAGCAACAACACAUCCAGAAACCGGCACAGCAGAAAAUCAUUGUCCAACAGCAACCGCAACAGCAAACCCUUACCGUCCCCGCAUCGGCUGCCACAUCAACGGUAACCAAGAAUGGCAAAGUAUAUCAAACGGUUAAAACCGUCGUUACCAGCAGUGGACAGCAGAACAGAAAGAACCCCACCAAGGUCAUUGUCGAGAAGGUGACGCCGGAAUACGACGGUCCCGGUGCCGGUAUGGUCCUGAGCAAAGACCAACCGCACACGACUCACCUGGCCAACGGGAAGGAAGUCAAAAUCUAUCGUGUCGCUUCGCUUAAGAACGGUCAAACGGUAAAUGUAGCUUCCGGUGCCAAUGCCAACAAGAAAGUUACCCUGCAAUUGAAGAACGGAUCUACGAAUACAAUCACCGGCAAAACUGGUGGAACCGUUUUCCUAAACAAUAAAAAUGUAGUUUUAACUUCUUCGCCUGGAAACGGUCAGACCGGAGUACGCAAGAUUAUUCGUGUCCAACAGCAACAGCAGCAGAAUGGUCGGUCGAUCCUGGUUCCGGUUUCGAUCCAGGAUUUGCGUACUAUCAAGAUUGUGAGUUCAGCUAAUCUUAAAACCAAAUCCGCAAAUAUCAAGCUGGCAGCUGCUAACUUACUGCAGCAAUCUAAGCAAGGAUUAAUUCAGAAUAAUGUCGUUCUGCCCAAGGAACAGCUGAUGGUUGAUGAUAGCGAUGCAACGCAGACUUCCGACAGCGAGAGUUUCGUUUUCGAGGACAUUAUGCAACAGAGCAGUUCGGUAAUAGACCAGGUUGAGCGCCAGCAGAAACAUCAGCAGCAGCAGCAACAACAGUUGGUCAGCGAUUCGGAUGCCGACAUGGAUCAGGAUGACGAUUUGGAUGGGGAUGACAACGAAAGCCUGUCCGGCGCCGGAAAGCAGACCGCUUCCGGGGGAUACCAGAAACUGGUCCUUACGAACGAGGAAAAACGAUUGUUGUCAAAGGAAGGAAUCAGUCUGCCGUCGUGCUAUCCGCUGACCAAGCACGAGGAACGCGAGCUGAAGCGGAUUCGACGAAAGAUUCGCAACAAGAUUUCCGCCCAGGAUUCGCGCAAGCGGAAGAAGGAAUACGUCGACGGGCUGGAGGAACGAGUCAAACAGUGCACCGAGGAGAACCAGACGCUGCUGAAGCGUAUCAAAAUCCUCCAGAGCCAGAACCACGAUCUCAUGAGCCAGAUGAAAAAGAUCCAAUCGUUGCUGACUAAAGGAACGGGCAAAACUACCCAACCGGCUACGUGUCUGAUGGUGCUGCUGCUCAGUAUGGCCCUGGUGGCCGUACCGAACCUCAAGUUGGGCGGUUCCCAUCAGCAGCAGAACAUCCAGGAUUCGAUCGAGAUGGCCGAACUGUUGCAGGAUGCCGCCAGCGAGAAGACGCAGGUUCCGACACAGGCCCAAAAUCGGCGCUCGCUUCUGUUCGACACCAAGGAACAGCUCGGCGACGCACUGGUCGAUGAGGAGAUGAACUUCGAUGAGAUCAUGUCGUUCAAUGUCAAUGCAUUGAUCGCCAGCGAGCAUGAUUAUUCCUCCGAGGAGGAACCCCGGGUCAAGAAGCCGAAGACCCAAUCCCUGGUGGAGUACGAUGUGGACGAUGAAAUCUGGAACGGAAGCAGCAAGAUGCGCAUUAAGCUGGAAAUCGACGAACCAGACAACGGAUUGUUCAAUCAGAAAGCGAAACUUUUCCAGGAAGCAUUCGAACAGAAGGUGAACCAACGGAGUUCGGAAUACAACAUAAAGUCGGAGCAUACGAGCGAAGUGAUCGUCGAUCGUGACCUGUUCGAUGCUAUGUCCAAGCACGGUUCGGCCGCGUUGUACACCAGUUUGAAUCUCGACACAUUCGUGAAUGCGGCGUCGAAGGACGGUGGUGCUGGUAUUGAACUGUUGGCCACCAACGGAGGUGCCUCGGCAACGGCAGGAAGCGUAGAAGAGGUAGGUAGAAAGCUGAAUGCUUCUCAACAGAUUCAGCAGCAGAAUAACAAAAGGAAACUGCUCCUCUAAGAAGGUGGAGAUCCUCUAUUUGCAUUCUACCUAUAUGUUAAUUCUUUUUCAUUGGGCUGUUAUUUCUACAUGUGUAAAUAAGUUCUAUUUAGUUAAGAACCUAUACUGCCGGUGGACGCAUAACUGAUCCGUUUUCUGUGGAACUUCCAUAUAACAUGGGACAGUUAGGUAUCCACACCGGCAGUAUACUGAUUAACACAAGUUUAGAGGGCUCUAGACUAUAAUUUUACACAUAGUGUAAUCGUAUUGCGAAUGGAAAGCAUUUGUGCUAUUGGUCGUUUUAUACCGUUUAGGUUUACGAAAUGAAGGAUACAAACAUUACACAUUUAGUAUUGAGACGUACUGGUAUAAGUUUUGAAAUUUUCCACCUGUUUAUUUCAGAUUAGAAAAGAAUAUCUGUUAAAUCCUUUCCUUGUUGCUUGUUCCAAACUAUAUAUUGUUUAGAUUCUAAUACUAUUAUCAUUGUGCAAUUCGACUUUACUUUCCUUACUCUAUAAGCACUAACACACUUGAAGCUUCUAGCCACUUCUAGUUGCUUGAAAUAUAUUUUCCUUUAAUUAAGAAAUAUCAUCUAGCUACAUGAACUAUUCUUAAUCCUGCAAAGGAAAUGAACGCACGGGAAAUUAUCGUCAUAUUAAAGAAAGCAGAGUAAAUAAGUUAAGUUACAGACAGCAUCUCUUUUCUAACAGCAGUUAAAACUUAACACAACAACUGGUGGUAAAAUACAAAUCAAUUCCUAGCUUAUGCAGAUUUCUAUUGUUUUCCUCACUUCGAACAAGUGAGCACCGAUUUAACUAUCUACACCACACACACGUUUGUUAGAUAAACUAAUUGGGAACUUAUUACAGCAGAUUGUAAAAUUUAGCCACAAGUGUCGUGGGAGACAUAGAUUCGUAAUUUUUAAACAAAUAGAAACCGAAUAGAUGUAAUGUUAUCGUACACUACACACUACCAUUUAAUAUAUAUCGCUGUAUAUAAACAGUA